ACCGUCUCGUUUUUUUCUGCUUGGCCAAAAGCGAACGGGAGCGAGCUCUCGCAACGGAACGGCAAAAGAAACCCCUCUUCCCCCAUCCCCUCCCCUCCGGGUCCGGGACUCCCCCGAUCGCGACCGACGAGGCCGUCCCGAUUUGCUAACCCCUCCUCCAGUCCCCCCCCCCCCCGCGCCCGAAUCCGGGGCCUCCACGACGUGGAUCUUUGGCUCAAGCCCAUCGAUUCCGAGGCAGGGCGCGGUCACCGCUUCGGGCGUCUCUGCGGUAAUUGGAGGAGCCGAGCCCGUUCGGUCCGGGGCGAGAUGUUCGCGAGCCGGCCGGCGGUGCACCCGGUGGAGGCGCCGCCGCCCACGGAUCCGGUGGAGCAGCCCACCGGGGUGCUCAUGAAGGACCUGCCCGGGAUGCCGGGCACGGCCGGCGGCCUCGGCCUCCGCGUCGCGCAGUUCGUCUUCGCCGGCGUCGCGCUCGCCGUCAUGGCCUCCACCAGUGACUUCCCCUCCGUCACCGCCUUCUGCUACCUUGUUGCGGCAACCAUAAUGCAAUGCCUGUGGAGCUUUUCACUUGCCAUCGUGGAUAUAUAUGCAUUGCUUGUUAAGCGUUGUUUACGGAACCGUCGUGCUGUUUGUCUAUUCGCUAUUGGAGAUGGGAUCACGGCAGCAUUAACCUUUGGUGCAGCAUGCUCGUCAGCAGGCAUCACUGUCUUAAUUGAUAAUGAUCUGAACAUAUGUGCCGAAAACCACUGUGGAAGUUUCGAAACCGCGACGGCAUUGGCGUUCAUGAGCUGGUUUGCUCUUACACCGUCCUUUCUGCUCAACUUCUGGUCGAUGGCUGCUAGAUGAAAACAAUGAGGAAUAUAUAGGUUGACUUUCGAACGGUUUGGUGCCCCCAACUAUGGUUUAGUGACGACUGGAUAAAGUGACAGAGCUAAUCAUAUGGAAAUUGAAGCUGGUGUAUACCAGCUCUGUAAAAAAGGGAUAGGUGAUGGCUUGUUUUGAACAUGGGUUGCUGUGGAACUCUAAAAUUCUUCUGACCCAGGCUUGAUGUCCUGAAUCCAACUGGUUUGGAUUUUGUCCUUAAUCAUGUAGUAUUAUGCAUAAUAGAGAGCUUGCGGUGAUGACGAGUUCAUGAUAAGUAGGCACAAUGUUGUCAUCCUUGCAUAGGAAGAGGCUCUCUCCUUUCCUUUUUUUUUUGUUGAGAAUAGCUCUCUCCUUUCCUCUUCACCUUUUUGUUUGUUCCAAGGAUGUCUUAUGGGCCGGCUGUAGUUUGUAUGUACAAUAGCCAAAUUCAGGUCAUAUUUGAAUGUCA